AUGAGAUUUCUUCCUUUCAAUAUUUUUUAAUUUUUAUUUUCGUUUCAAAUCGCAGUUUCUAGUUUCUUAUGCCGCCGUCAAGACGGUCUCGCCCUUCUUUCCCAUCUCUCUUCCUUCCUGCGUUCAUCACCGCCGACUUCUUUAUACAGAACCGGAGAGUGGGAAGAGAGAAAGACAGAGAAACCGGCGGCGGGUCUUGCUUCUUUCUCCACCAAUUGCAUCGAACAACUGCAAGACGUUUGCUUUAUCAUCAUUAUACCUCCAAUAUGUUCAGGCAGGUUUCAAUCUGAAGGGAAGAUCUAAGAUAACAUGCUAUCUCUGCGACUGAUUCGCAGAUACGGAGCCACAUCCUUAGAUGCAACAACUAAGAUAGCAGGCUCUUCUGUUCCCAGUAAUGUCCAACAAACCUUGAAGAAUAUAGAGGAGCCUGCUCUUAUUAAGCUUAAAAAAGAGAGAGACCCGGAUAAGUUGUUUCAUCUGUUUAAAGCUAAUGCAAUUAAUCGUCUUGUUGUUGAAAAUCGAUUUGCAUUUGAGGACACUGUUUCUCGGUUAUCUGGUGCACGAAGGUUUGAUUACAUUGAAGACCUGCUUGAGCAACAGAAGGCUCUUCCACAAGGUAGACGUGAAGGGUUUGUCAUUCGGAUUAUAAUGUUAUAUGGAAGUGCUGGAAUGAUUAAGCAUGCUAUUGAUACUUUCUAUAAUAUGCAUUUAUAUGGAUGUUCUAGGACUGUCAAGUCAUUUAAUGCUGCUUUAAAGGUUUUGUCACAAUCACGGGAUUUAGAAGCUCUCCAAUCAUUUCUGUCUGAGGUUCCAUUCAAGCUUGAUAUUCAAAUUGAUAUAUUAUCAGUUAACAUUGUUGUUAAGGUAUUCUGUGACAUGAGUUUAUUAGACAAGGCUUACUUGAUAAUGACAGAGAUGGAAAAAUGUGGAAUAAAACCUGAUGUUUAUACAUAUACGACUCUCAUGUCGGCAGCCUACAAGAUGAAUAGUUGUGAAAUUGGCAAUGGGUUGUGGAAUCUUAUGGUGCAAAUGGGUUGCUUACCUAAUCUUGCAACCUUUAACGUUAGAAUUCAGUAUUUAGUGAGCAAAGGAAGAGCAUGGCAAGCAAACAGUUUAUUGAGUUUGAUGUGGUAUAUUGGGAUACUUCCUGAUCUAGUUACAUAUAAUUUAGUUAUAAAAGGCUUUUGCAGAGCUCGGAGUCUUGAAAUGGCCAAGAGGGUUUAUUCAGCUUUACACUCCAAAGGUUACAAACCCAAUCUUAAGAUUUAUCAGACAAUGGUUCACUAUGCAUGUAAAGAGGAAGACUUUGAUAUGGCAUACAAGAUGUGUACAGAUAGUAUGAAAAAGAACUGGUUUCCUAAUGUGGACACAAUUUUUAGCCUUCUUGAAGGCCUGAGGAAGAAAGGAGAGCUGGAUAAGGCCAAAACUUUAUUUAAGUUGGCUGGAACAAGAGUACCUCCUUUUCCAAUGGAGCAACUAGAUGCAUUGCAAUCAAUUUUGUCUAAGAGUUGAUUAGAAUCAUAGAUGUAGAAUAUGGAUUCAGAUAUCUCGUUAUGAAGCACUCAAGAGGAGCAACUAUUGGUUUCAUUUAAUUAAUUAAUGGGUUCUAGAAUGUGGAACUGUUCAACGACGGCAUUGUUUGCAUUUUUUUAUGGAGGGUCAACUGGAGAUGGUAAUUCUUUACAGAAUAUGUGCCCUUUGAUAAGUGCAUCAUUAAGAACACAUCUUGAGCAAAAGGAAGACAGUUCUUGUAAUGUUCCAUCUCUUUCACAUCCUUUGACAUAGUACACACAAGAACUUAUGGAUGCCAAUCUUUUAAGAGCUGCUAAUCAAGGAAGCAGAACUAACCAUGAUCAGAUUUUCCAAGGAGCUAGACAUUGUACAUAAAUACACCAAGAAUGAUCUCAUGUUGAUCAGAUAAAGGCCACCUAGUCCAAAUGAAUACUGUAAGUUUGAUGUCUAUGCUCAAUAGCACUCAGUCUUAGGCUCUCAAAGGUGCUCAUUUUCUUCAAUUCCAAAAGAAAGUGGUGCAAUAACUUUGUCACCGGCUUAUUUCCUUUUUAUAUAUGAAAGAAACCCACUUGUUACGUGGAGUAUUUAUUUUUCUGCCAUAUUUUCUGCAGAAAUCGCAACAAAGGGGAAAAGUAACCCUUUUCCUUUCAUUCUAUAGUAGAUUUAUUUAGAGAGUAGGAAAAAGGUUGAGGGAGUGGGUGUGUCCUUGCAGGGAAGUAGACACGUCUUUCCUAACUGUUGUUUUUGUUGAUCUAUUGGAAAUUUAGUCAAUUUGAAUGAAUCUGUUAUUACUUUA